CAAUGUUGGCAUUAAAAAUGUAAUGCUGGCAUUCAAUGGAAAACGUUGUUAAUUUUAAAUUAAAUGGAUUUAUACUACUGUGAGGACAAUUUUCAGGGUUUAUGAAAAAAUCUAAAUGACUUGUGUUCAAACAUUAUAUUCUGGACUGAUAUAUCUGUUUUUAGGAUUAAAAGAAUGUAUUGCUGGUGAUGUGUGUAUUGAUGAAGGAGAAGCUAUUUACUGUAGUAGUGGCUGCUGUGGCUCAUACAGAGACCAUCACUGCUGUUCACAUACAGGACUAAUUGUUGGCAUAGUAGUUUGUGUAGCUGUUAUAACAGGCAUUGUUGUUAUUUACUGUUAUUUAAAGCAUCGAAACAGGAAACGCACACAUGCGCAAUUCUUAAGACCGGUUGUACAUGGACAACCUGUUCCUCUUGUAAAUAAUAUAAAUCGAGGUCCAUCAACAAUAGCAGGUCCAGCUUUACCGGGAUAUCCGCCACCAUAUGAAUACUGCUACAACCAACCGCCAAUACAACCAAAGGGUCCACCUCCCGCAUAUGAUGUCGUGUACAGGACAGCAGCUGGAAUAGGCUCUUCUCCGAGUAAUAACAACGGCGGAUAUCCGCCAACAGUAAGCUAGUGACAGAUGUUUAAUCUUGUAUUCCUGUGAUAUGACAUAUUAUGUGUAAAUUUGAUCAAUGGUAAAAAUGAGUGAUUUCAAGUCAAGAAAUGUUCAAAGGUUUGGAAAAUGAAAAAAAAAUCUUCAGUGAUACAUUCUUUAAGUACAGACCAUUCACAUUUCGGGAGGGCAUGGGAUUUUUUUCUCGGGACAAAUAAUUAAUUUCAACUUUGAUAAAAAAAUGUCUUAAACAAUUUUAUUAAUAUAGAUUUUAGUACCAGUAAUUUUCAAAUCGUAAGUAAUCACUGUUGAACUAUUCCUUUUUGUCCAGGAUAGUCUUUAUUCUUAGACUCAAUAUGGAAUUAACUGUUUUUUAAAAUGAAUGUUCAUAUGUUCAUAAGAAUAAGGUGAAUGCUUUAGUCAAAGAAGGUAUAUUUUCUAUAGAGUUGUGAAGUGUUAAAAAACUUAGGUUUUAUGAUAUUGCGUUUUUAGAUUUAUAUACCAUUUUAGAAGAAAAACAAUUUGCAGUUUGAUAUUAUCAAUUGACUCUAGAAUAAGAAACAAUUUAUAAAAUCGGUUAGUUCGCACUGUAAUUAUUAUUAUUAUUAUUAUUAUUAUUAUUACAAGGCAUUUUUAAAGCGCAUUAUAUAAUACUACAAUUACUCUAAGCGCUUUACAUGUUAAAACAAAUAUACACAAGUUCGUACAAACACGAAACUACAAAGUUAAAAAUAAACCAAAAUAUGUUUAAAAGCAUACAACAUCAAAUCAACUAUCAAAAGUUAAGACUCUAAAACUUCAUCAACUUGGUUAAAAAUUAAAUAAAAGAAUUAUUAAUGAAUAAGUAAAAAUUUCAAUACUUGUUAUCUAUUAAAUAUUCCUAAAAUUGGUGAAUGCUACUACUAUUUUGUAUUUAAAAAUAAGUUACUAAAAGACAUAGGCUUAUAAUAAAAUGUUAUAUCAAAAUACAGAAACACAUCAAAUCAGACUAAAAUGUAAGAUAUUACUUUAGCAAAUCAACAUCAGUCAAAUACAAUCAAUCACGGUUCCAGGUCUUAACUAUAAGCGAUCCACAAAUGCAACUUUGAAUAAAUGCGUCUUUAGUCCUUUCUUGAAUAGUUCUAGCGAUUGUUCAUUUCUAAGAUUUGUUGGAAGGCUAUUCCACAGAGUCCCGGCCGCCACAUCAAACCUCCGUUCACCAUACAUUUUUGUCCGUGCAUUUUUUGGCAUCUUGAUUAAAGCAGCAUUUUCAGAUCGCAACGAUCGUGCUGGUUUGUAAAAAUGUAUGAGUUCACUCAGAUACGCAGGUGCAAGUCCAUGCAAGGCUUUGAAUACGUAAAGCAACAGUUUAUACUGGCAUCGGAAUUUAAAUGGUAGCCAAUGAAGAGUCAUAAGUGUUGGGGUUAUAUGUUCAAACUUCUUUUUGCGGGUUACUAGCCUGGCAGCGGU